GGGCAAAGUAUAGUUUGCAAUAUUCAGGGUUUAGGAAAAAUGCGCAGUUUGCAAACUAAUGGAGGGAUGGGGAAGCUGUAGUUUGCAGCAAGCAACGUUUAUGAAUAAUGCACAAUUUGCACACACAUGGGGAGGAGGGGGUGAACUGCAGUGUGUAGUUUGCAGUGUGUAUGAAUAAUGUGCAGUUUGCACACACACGGGGAGGCGGAGGUGAAGUGCAGGGUGUAGUUUGCAGCGAUAUCUUUGGUUUGCAGGAUUCGGGGAUGUCCCGGGCCGGCCCAGCCCAGGGUUCCUGGCGCUGCGGGUGCGGCGAUGGCGGCGGCCGCGGUCCACAGGCUGCUCGUGUCCCGGCUGCAGCGUCUCGCCGCCGGCCUGGCCAGGAGCAGGGCGGCGCUCGGUAAACGGGAGCGGAGGUCUUCAUAUCUCCUGUUGGCUCCAUUACUGGCUCAAACCAAGGCACGUGCUGAUCUGCCCCCUCCACCUUGUGUUUCCACGCACAAUAUUCAGCGCUUCCAAUGGAUUGGAGAAUUUGUUCCAGCUUUCCGAAUCUCAGGCAGUCAAGUGAAUGUUCUAAGUUCCCCGGCAGAAUUCUACGAUACUUUGAAGCAGGAACACAUCAUGACGGCAAAGAAGAGAAUAGUUUUGGCUUCCUUGUACCUUGGGACAGGACCAUUGGAACAGGAGUUGGUUGAUUGUAUUGAGGAAACACUGCAAAGAUCGCAGGACGAAACCACAAUAUCAGAUCUUAGAGUUGCUGUCCUACUCGACUGCACAAGAGGGUCUAGAGGCAAAAAGAACUCUCGGACUAUGCUGAUUCCAUUGCUGAAGAAGUUUCCAAAUCAAGUGCGUAUCUCUCUAUAUCACACCCCCGAUCUCCGCGGUAUUCUCAAACUCCUUGUUCCAGAGCGGUUCAAUGAGACAAUUGGCCUACAACACAUCAAAAUCUACCUCUUUGACAAUAAUGUUAUUAUUAGUGGAGCAAAUCUCAGUGACUCCUACUUUACAAAUCGCCAGGAUCGUUACGUUUUACUCCGUGACUGCCAUGAGCUAGCAGAUUUCUUUGAGGAGCUGGUCAAUGCCGUCAGCGAUAUCUCACUACAGUUGGAGCAGGACGACACAGCAGAGGUGAAACUAGGGAUGGUCCAUCCAUUUACAGGCAGUCGAAGAGAUUUCUGUGCGGCAGCAAACAAGAGGAUCAUGUCUGUGGUGCACGAGGCAAGACGCAAGCAGCAACUCGCAAACCAACUAAUGGGCUUGGCCGAGAGUCCUUCUGGGGAAGAGUCGCCUCUUGAUAGAAACGUGAGGCAGGCAGACACGUGGAUUUACCCACUGAUACAAAUGAAGCCUUUCCAAAUAGAAAUAGAUGAGCAAGUGACUGAGGUUUUGAUGACCGAAGCUGAUGAGGAUUCCAGGAUAUACUUGACUUCAGGUUACUUCAACCUCACUCAAGCCUACAUGGAUCUGAUUUUGGGAACCAGCGCAGACUACCAGAUAUUGUUAGCCUCACCGGAGGUGAAUGGGUUCCUCGGUGCUAAGGGUGUGGCAGGGGCCAUUCCCUCAGCCUAUGUUUACAUUGCCAGGCAGUUUUACAGCAGGGUGUGUCAGGGUGGACUGCAAGAUAGAAUAAUGUUACACGAAUACUUCAGGAAAGGGUGGACUUUCCAUGCAAAAGGUCUGUGGUAUUACUUGUCAGGAAGCAAGUGGCCUUGUCUAACUUUAAUUGGCUCUCCUAACUUUGGAUAUAGAUCAGUGCACAGAGACCUGGAGGCUCAGCUAGUAAUUGUGACAGAAAAUUGCAACCUACAACAGCAGUUACACCAGGAAAAAGAGCAUUUGUACCGUUUAUCAAGUGAAGUUUUGACUACUACAUUUGACCAACCAAAUAGACACGUGAAACUUUGGGUGAAACUGGUAACGCCAUUAAUAAAGAACUUUUUCUAGAAACUAGCGAAGGAUACAGCUGUUAAUAUGAAGAGGAUUCCUGGUUUACAUAUUGAACACUUCAGAAGAAAUUCUUGCAAACAUAUUGAAUGCUGAUGAUAUUAUGGAAAGAACAAAAAGCUAAUGUUGCAACAACUAUUUAAAAGGCAUCUAAAUCGCCUCAGCUCCUCAUAAAUUUCUGUUUGUGCAUUAGAUCCACUGGGAUGAAAUCAAAUUAUCACAAUUAAAUAGUAAUUUGCAGCAAUUAUCAUUUAUUCAAAUAAAGCAGAUAAUUUUUUUUUAAAUCUGUCAUAAACGGAAUCUUCAUUUAAAUUUGUAGUAAAACUGCAACACCUGCAAGGAUCCAUUUUGCUCGUUUCUCUUUUGUUUUUAGAUUAAAAGUCCAGACAUACGUGGGACCUCGGGUGCGGGUUUUAUACACUGGACAUUCGUAAAUGUUUUUUGUUUCUUGACGAUCCACUGGAAUGGCUUUGAUAAAUGCCACUGGCAUCGGUGGCGUAAGUUCCUUCAGUCGUGCAUCAGUAAGGACUCCACUGUUUUUAUCCCAACGUGCACCUUUCGACAUAUAAAUUAUUAUUAGUGAUUUCACUGGAAUAUCUUUUACUGCAAACUUGUAUUUUAUUUACUAAUUGGCAAACAGAAAUAAUGGAAUCUGAAUGAGCCCCUUCCUGAUGGAACAUCUAAGUAAAUUUUGUCAAUUAUAUUUCAUUUUAGCAUCUUGCUAAUUUGGUAAAAGCUAAUAAAAUCCAUCAAAGCUGUUGAAUAAUUUUCUUUUA